UUGGGGGAAAGUGGCAUUUCGGGGUGGAGAUGGCUUCCUUUGCCUCCAGCUUGCUUAACACCUCGCUCAUUAAUUGAUUAUUCUCCGGGUACCUCGUCCUUCCUUAUCUUUCUUGAAUCUCCAAGUUCAUUCCCAGCUUCCCCUUCCCUUUUUGAACCAUCACAUACACACCCUGUCUCUAUUUCUACCCUCCAUCUAAUUUCUUUUUGUAGCCUUUCCAUCCCCUUUACAAACUUCUUCCUCUCCCUAAUUUCCUUUUUUCCCUUGACAAGCAGUUUGUUUCUCUUAUUUCAGUCCACUUUUGUCCCAUUUAAACUUCCGACCUCUUUUCUUUCCAUUCCUUACCACCUUUUCACCUCGCACUCCCCCAAACAUCUUCCCCUUCCCUAUCUCCAUCUCCCUCCUCUCCUUCCUUUCAUUCAUCCUCCCGUACUUCUCCAAACACCAUCCCAUGGAUAACUUUUCUCUCUGGACUGUCAACAGCACCCCAUGGAGCUCCCCUUUACCCCUAAACGCCACCACACCCUGGCUGGGUCGGGAUGAGGAGGUGGCCAAAGUGGAGAUCGCGGUGCUAGCCACCAUCCUGGUGCUGGCCACGGGGGGCAACUCGGUGGUGCUCCUGGCCCUGGGCUGGCCGGGCCGCAAGCGUUCCCGCAUGCACCUGUUUGUGCUGCACCUGGCCCUCACCGACCUCGGGGUGGCGCUCUUCCAGGUGUUGCCCCAACUACUGUGGGACAUCACCUACCGUUUCCAGGGCUCUGACCUCCUCUGCCGCGUGGUCAAGUACCUCCAGGCCCUGAGCAUGUUUGCUUCCACCUACAUGCUGCUGGUCAUGACCUUGGACCGAUACCUAGCUGUCUGCCACCCACUGAGGACCCUCCACCAGCCUAGCCGCUCUGUCUACCCUCUCAUUAUUGCCACCUGGCUCCUGGCUGCGGGUCUCAGCCUCCCCCAGAUCUUCAUCUUCUCACUAAGGGAGGUGAGGCAAGGUACUGGGGUGCUAGAUUGCUGGGCUGACUUCCGCUUCUCCUGGGGGCUUCGGGCCUACAUCACAUGGACCACGCUGGCCAUCUUUGUCCUUCCUGUGGCCGUACUCAUAGCCUGUUACAGCCUCAUCUGCUAUGAGAUCUGCAAGAACCUGAAGGGCAAGACUCAAGCUUGGGGAGUGGGAGGAAGAGGCCACAGGGCUGUCGGGAGAGGGGCUGCCUCGUUCCAGGCUCUGGGAGGGGCCAUCCAGGGCCUGCCGGCUCGAGUCAGCAGCAUCAGCACCAUCUCCCGAGCCAAGAUUCGGACUGUGAAGAUGACCUUUGUCAUUGUGUUGGCUUACGUUGCCUGCUGGGCGCCUUUCUUCAGCGUCCAGAUGUGGUCAGUGUGGGAUGAGAACGCCCCUGAUGAAGACUCCACCAAUGUGGCUUUCACCCUCACCAUGCUGCUGGGCAACCUCAGCAGCUGCUGCAACCCCUGGAUCUACAUGUGUUUUAGCAGCUACCUGCUGCCAGCUCCCAUGAGGGACCUCUCCUGCUGCGGGCAGCCCCAAGCCAGAUUGAAGAGACGGUUCUCCAAUGGAAGCCUCUCCAGCCGACGAGCAACCUUCCUCACCCGCGUCAGCCACCCUCCUCACCUGAGCCUCAGCGGGAGCCCCCGGCCGGAGGAAAACCUCAAGGAGUUCUUUGCACCCAAUGAAAAUACCAUCGUUGAGACCAGAGCCCUCUAG